CUUUUAUAGUGUCUUGUGCCAAGUCUCCUUUUAAUGUUAGAAAAAUGAGUAACUUCUCUUUGAUUGCUAGUCGCUGUUGCUGGUAACAAAACCAGAGACUUGGCAAAAGCUGUUGUAACCCUAGAGCUCUUUGUUGAAUGCAUUUGCUUUUAGCUGUUUCGGGGAUGCUCCUCUGUAAGUAUGUCAGUCUAAUUUCAGUGCCCAAAGGAAGGAAAGGGGGUGAAGAACAGCCACCAGUUUUCUUUAAGGAAAGAUAAAUAAUAAGAGUGCUACUCAUCUCUUAAAAGCGGUUUACUUCCACACAUCUUUCUUUGAUGGUUGCUGAAAAGGUCCAGAAAUCUCAAAUCUACAAGACCAAAUAAAAAAACCCAGCAUUCCCCCCCACUCCUUUACUCCAUCUCUUGGUGAAUUCUCCCUCCAUCUGGUGACAGUUAAAGCCCUAUCUAGGACCUUGCUGCAAGUUCUCCUCUCUUUUGGAACCACUCAGCAAAAAAAAGAAAAGAACAAGGAGUCUUUUCAUGUGAGAAAGACAAGACUGUUGUGACCUUGCUAACUGUUCAUAUUCCCUGGGUAGCAGAGACACUUAAAUGAUGAUGCGUGUGAAGGCAGACACAGUUAUUUUUCUCUUCAGGGGUAUGACACAGUAAACGUAUCACCAAUCAAGUAAGAGCGCAGGCACUUAGUAAACACUCAGACUACAUUAUACUCUAUAACAUAGUAUCCAUCGCUGGAUGUAGUAGAACCAUAGGACAGUAGUCUACAAAAUAAGUGAAGUUUGGGGAAAAUGGCCUGUGAAUUUAAUCUAAACUUCCUUAAGGAAUUGGAACGAGAGGCUGUUCUAGAAGUCCUGUACCGUGACCAGAUGGUGAGAAAAACAGAGGAGGAAAGAAUAAGGAAACUGAAACUGCAGCUGCAGCAGCUUCGAUGGAAAGGGGCAAGAAAUGUAAACCAUGAAUACCAGGAGAGAUCUUGUGCUCGCUGUCAGAAAUCGCUUGGUUUAUUGAUGAACAGAGGUGCAGUAUGCAAUGGGUGCAGUCAUCGAGUGUGCUCCGAAUGCCGUGUCUGCCUGAAUCCCUGCCUUUGGAAAUGCACCGUUUGUUAUGCUCAUGGAGAUGUGAAAGUAAAGGCUGGUGAAUGGUUCUUUGAGGAGCGAGCAAAGAAAUAUCCAGGUGAAGGCAGACAUGAAACAGUUGGUGCAAAGCUCUUGAAAUCUUAUCAGAAACUGAGUAAAAUUUCCGUCGUACCUCCUACUCCACCUCCUUUCACAGAAUCCACAGCAGGAAGCAACCUGACGGUAAAUGAACUCGGACAGUCUAAAAGUUUUAAUAAAUCUGUGGAAAACUUGGUUUUGUCUCUCACAACUCAUAUAAAAAAAAUCUCUAAGUCCCAGAAUGACAUGGCUGACAGACGUCUCCUAACCACAGAUUAUGGGCAGAACGUGGAAAGAAGGAAGCAAAGAAGGAGCCAGUCUGACACUGCCAUCAACAUUACAAGCAGGAUGAAAAGUACACCCAGUCUUCAACAGCUCAUCACUGGGGCCCAAAAUGACAGUGAAAUUCUGACCAGAAGGAAUUGCAAGGAGGAAGAAGACAUAACAAGCAGUCCCACAAGUGAUGCAGUUUUCUGUGAUGGCAGAAAACAUGGGAGUUUGUAUAGUCUUAACAGCACUUGCACGGAGUCUGGCAAUUUUGGCAAGGCUAAUGUCAGAGGAGAAAUAGAGUUUGCCAUAAGAUACAUCUUCAAAGCUUGCAUCUUAGAAGUUUGCAUCAAGGGAUGCAAGAACCUGGCUUAUGGAGAGGAGAAGAAGAAAAAGUGUAACCCGUAUGUUAAGGUUUAUUUACUUCCCGAUAAAUCUCCUCGGAGUAAGCGGAAGACAGCUGUCAGAAAGAGCACAGUGGAUCCGGAAUUCGAUGAGACUUUAAAGUACAAGAUUGAAUACUCCCAGCUGGGAAGUCGGCAGCUUCAGAUCUCUGUGUGGCAUGCAGGAGCACUCAAAUACAGGGUGUUUUUGGGGGAAGUGGUGAUUCCGCUGGCAGCAUGGAAUUUCGAAGACAACUCGAUGCAGUUGUUCAACUGGUACCAGCUCAAACCCAAGCUUGAAAAGCCUGAAGAUGAUUUUAACCAGUACAGCGGCGAACUCCUCAUGUCUGCAAGACUGUCAUUACCAGCCCAGCAUAAAAAUGUCCUGUUUGAAGGAAAAAAAGACCCAGGAGUUCCCAACUGCCAGCUUCAGGUUAUGAUAUUUGGGGCCAAGAACUUGCCCAUGCUGAGAUCUGCUGGAAUGCCGAAUUCAUUUGUUAAAGGUUGUCUUAUCCUUCCAGACCAAGCAGAGGUAAAGCGAAAGUCUCCUGUCCUGAAGAAAGAAGCCUUUCCCCAGUGGAAACACUUGUUUGUCUUUGAUGGUGUUACCCCAGCUCAGCUACAGCAAUCAUGUCUACACUUGACUGUCUGGGACAAGUCAAGUUUCAGCUCAAGUGAUCAAUUCCUAGGAGGAGCCAAGCUUGGUGCAGAGGAAUCGUUGGGCUCUGCAGAUCUUGUUUCUCAGUCAGUGCUCCAAUGGCAGGAAGUGCUCCGCAGCCCAAACAUGUGGAUGGACUUUACACUUGUACUGCAUUCAAAUAAGGAAAACUUUAAAUCAUGAGAGAUUACCACACAACUUUUCCUUCCCCAUGUGUGAUGUUUCAAAUUCAAGUGGCACAUACCUUUCAGGUCUGCAGAAAGGUACACUGCAACAGUACCUACUCCAGCUUUUGAGGAAUAGAGUUAUAGAUUUGAAAGUGUGUGAUGUUCUGAAGGUUUUAUUUCUCCAAAAGUUAAGGCUUUGUUAUCCGUGUCUCUAGCUGGAGUAUAAGGUUAUUGUUUCUUCAGGAGUGACAUACUCAGUUUGAAAUGCAUUAUGUUGACAAGGUAACAGUUGCCAGAUGGUAUGCAGUUUUCCAUUUCUGGGCAUAGCAGAACAGUUAAUUAUUUAAUUUAAUCACAGAUAGGAAUACUUCUUAAGAGAAAAUAACUGUUACCUUAAAGUUACAUGCUUUCACUCUGAUCUUGAUGUUUUAUACAUGUUCAGAGAGAACUGAAAACUAGCUUAUCUUUAACUGCUUGCUGCAGCUGGGUGAUGCUAACACCUCUGUGCUUCAGAUUUAUCUACAGUGCCACCAUUAUUUCACAUGACUCUAAAAAGCUUUGGCCUGUGGCCACAUGCCUCUCAAAAUGUGUGCUGUAUCAUGGUGCUUGAAACCAGUUGAAUGUAUAAAUUUUCCCACAGCAGGAGUGUGGGACAACAGCUUAUAGAGUAAGUGUGGUUGUAGGAAGUUCCUUGUUCUUAUCAGCUGCUGCUGUAAGACAGUACUAAGAAGUCUGAUCCACAUGGUAUACAGCACAGGACAAGAGUUUAGUUAAGGUUAUCAUUUAUUCAUGUGAACUGGUGGAAAUGCAAGCUUAAGGCUCAACUACUGUGUCAGUUCACUUUGCCUCAGAUGGAGUGUUACAGUCAGCAGAAAAUUCCUAUCUACCACUGUAACUAGUGCUGCUGUUACAUACCUCCAGUCAUUACAGCAAGUAUUUUCCUUUCUUCCUUUCCAGGUCAAUGUGACUUUUAAGGACUUAAGAGUUAAAGACACAGGGAUUCAUAUGCUAAGCUUAGGAACUAAGAGCAGUAGGACAGGUUACACAAAAUACACCCCACACAAGAAACACUUGAUGCCAAGUCCUUUGUUACUUUGCAGAUCUUUUAUUUAGAUGUUUGCUGCUGCAGAUAAAAAAACCACCCAAGAUUCAAUUCAAGUAUAAAGCAGCAUAGAUGUUGUAAAUGGAAGAGAAGAGCUGACAACAUACUGUAUCUCACUUUCUAACAGAUUUUCAAGGAAAGGGGAAGAUUGCGGGGAAGGAAUGGUCACAGAAAUGGUCUCUACUAGAGAGAAUACAACUGUGAUAUAAACAAGCAGUCCCUUCAUCUUUGGAGUCUGAAACUUUAAAUCAAACAUUUAAAAAAAAUUAGAAAAUUUGUUAGAAAAAUAGGUGCAGUAAAAUUGUAUAUAUUGGAUCAUGUGUACAUAUAACAGUUUUCAUUAAGUAAAAAAAUGAUCUUUACAAAUAAUGCUUUAUAGCAAAUAAUCAGUUGCACUGUAUCAGACUACAGUGUUGUUUAGGCAUUUUUACAGAUGCAAGUCUUAUUAAAUCUGAAAAGUAACAAAAUA